CUGCGCCGCAUCCGGAGGGGCGGCCGCCAUUGUGCUUCGUCGCUGACUUCUCUGCUCGUAGCCCGAGGACCGAGCCCAGCGAGGAAGGGGGCGGCGGUGUGGCUGCGGCGAGCGCGACACUCCCUGCGGAGUGCCAAGUGGAAGAGGGAAACCUUAAGAAUGGAGUCUAAACCUUCCAGGAUUCCAAGAAGAAUUUCUGUUCAACCCUCUGGCUCUUUAAGUGCUAGGAUGGUAUCUGGAAACAGAGGAACCAGUUUAAAUGAUUCCUAUCAUUCUAGAGACUCUUCCUUUAGACUGGAUUCUGAAUAUCAGUCUGCAUCAGCAUCAGCAUCUGCAUCACCAUAUCAGUCUACUUGGUACAGUGAAUCUGAGAUAACUCAGGGAGCACGGUCACGGUCACAAAACCAGCAAAGGGAUCAUGAUUCAAAAAGACCUAAACUUUCUUGUACAAACUGUACAUCUACCUCAGCUGGGAGAAAUAUUGGAAGUGGUUUAAAUACACUAUCAGAUUCUUCUUGGAGGCCUGGUCAAGUUCCGAGAUCUUCCUCAAUGGUCCUUGGUUCAUUUGGAACAGACUUGAUGAGAGAGAGGAGAGAUCUGGAGAGGAGAAGGGACUCCUCCAUUAGCAGUCUUAUGGACUAUAGUCACCGGAGUGGGGAUUUCACAGCUCCAGCAUAUGUUCAAGAAAGAGUUCCUUCUUCAUAUUCACAGGGAGCAAGACCAAAAGAGAAUGCCGCGAACACUUUACAGUUGAAUUCAUCCACCAAUCACCAACUGCCUUCUGAGCAUCAGACAGUACCAAGUUCUAGGGACUCUAGUAGAAGUUCUUUCAGAUCCCAUUUUUCUCCAAGACAAUCAGAAUCAUUUCGAAACAGUUCACAUCCUGCAUUUUCAUAUCUUUCAAGUAGAAAUGAAACUCCAACUAUAAGCAGUUCGGAAAGGGCUGGCUCGUCUCAGAGACCAUUUCAAGAAUCUUCUGACAAUGAAGGUAGGCGUACAACUAGGAGAUUGCUGUCACGGAUAGCCUCUAGCAUGUCAUCUACCUUCUUUUCACGAAGAUCUAGUCAAGAUUCCUUAAAUACAAGGUCACUGAGUUCUGAAAAUUAUAUUUCUCCAAGAACCCUGACUUCACAGUCUCGGAAUAAUGGAGCAUCAUCUUCUGAAGUUAAUGAUGGCAGGGCGUCUGAAGCGUCUCAGGGAUUUAGGUUUCUUAGGCGAAGAUGGGGUUUGUCAUCUCUUAGCCAGAAUCAUAGCUCUGAACCAGAUGCAGAAAACUUUAACCAAGAAUCAGAAGGUAGAAAUACAGGACCGUGGUUGUCUUCCUCACUUAGAAAUAGAUGCACACCUUUGUUCUCUAGAAGGAGGCGAGAGGGAAGAGAUGAGUCUUCAAGAAUAUCUACAUCAGAUGUACCUCCUAGAUCUCAUCUUUUCAGAAGAGAAUCAAAUGAAGUAGUUCACCUUGAAGCACAGGGGGACUCCCUUGGGGCAGCUGCCAGCAGACCACAAGCAUCCGGAGCAUCAGGCAGUAAUGCUUCUGCAAGUGGAUCCACACCAGAUUUGCCACAGGGUGGAAGAAAUACAGGAAUAGCAGGGAUCCUUCCUGGCUCCUUAUUCCGGUUUGCAGUCCCACCAGCACUUGGCAGUAACCUGACUGACAAUGUCACGAUUACCGUAGAUAUUAUUCCUUCAGGUUGGAGUUCGGCUGAUGGGAAAAGUGAAAAAGCUAAAAGUGCACCUUCAAGAGACCCAGAAAAACUUCAGAAAAUCAAAGAAAGCCUCCUCUUAGAGGACUCUGAUGAAGAAGAAGAAGGGGACUUAUGUAGAAUUUGCCAGAUGGCAGCAGCGUCAUCAUCUAAUUUAUUGAUAGAGCCAUGCAAAUGCACUGGGAGUCUGCAGUAUGUCCAUCAAGAGUGUAUGAAGAAGUGGUUACAGGCCAAAAUUAAUUCUGGUUCUUCAUUAGAGGCUGUAACCACCUGUGAACUCUGUAAAGAGAAGUUGCAACUUAACCUGGAGGAUUUUGAUAUUCAUGAACUACAUAGAGCUCAUGCAAAUGAACAAGCUGAGUAUGAGUUUAUCAGCUCUGGUCUCUACCUAGUUGUCUUACUGCACUUGUGUGAACAAAGCUUUUCUGAUAUGAUGGGAAAUACAAUCGAACCAAGCACGCGCGUCCGACUUCAGAGGAUGAGUUCUGAAGAUGAUGGAGACCACAACAGAAGGCUUGAUAUUGCUUCACUUCAUUUAAGACAAAUGGAUUAUCUGUGAACAUGUUUGUUGAAACUGGCAAUUAAGUAUGAAUAAUUUCAUGGGGUAAUGCCUCGUAGAUUAAUUGACUAUACAUAAAAUGAAUAUAUAUAUACAUGUAUAAGUGUAAAUAUAUUCAUUCUCACGCAUACUGCUGAACUGAAAUUCUUGAGCUGGACCUUUAACACUGGCCAGCAGAUCUCAUGUUUAUAAUAUGUAAUCAAAAGCAUUUUUCUUUAUGUGAGGGGAAAGCAUUACCCUUGUUUUAAAUAUCUACAAUGCUCAUCAACUUUUUCUGUGUUACAUUACUGUAGUCAUAUUUUAUGGAAAAAUGUUUGUGUAUUAGUCUCUUUGCUAGUGAAAAAAAGUCAGAUAAAAUGUACUUUUGAAAUAAAUGCCAGUGGCACCUAAUUAGUUUUCCUCUUUAAAUGCCUUAAGUUACAGCCACAUUUUUGAUAAUCAUUUACUUCCAGUGUUUAAAAUUUUUUUAAAAGAAUGGGAAGUUCGAAGAGCAUUAUUAUGUUAGGUUUCCAAAUUUAAUUUGAAUUCUAAAUCCACUUAGCAAUAAAACCCUAAUUUUUAAGAAAAAAAAAGUGUGUAAAGGAUGCAGUAAUGAUGGAGAACUUUUGUAUUGAUUUGCAAAGACGCAGAUUAUAUUUAGCAGGCCGUGUGUAGGUGUUCCUUUCAGGAAUAGUACAGCUGUAAAUUAUAUCAGGAUUGUCAGUCAAAUGAUACUUGGUUAAAAAUUACUGAAAAUCUCAAGUUAACAAAUAUUUUUUUAAAAGCCCACAUUCAAAGUUUAAACACUGGUUUUCAAUGUGUUUUUAGUGUUGUCACUUCUUUAUAGAGAAAUAUAAUAUAAAUAACCUAUUUGGAUCCUGGUCAUUUUUAGCUGUUCCUUGAUAAUUCUGAGCAUUUAUUUGAUGAUUGUUAAUAUUUUUCACUACCUUUGCAAAAACAGAUAAAUUACUUAUUCAACAUUAAUGAGUUUGCACUAUGGUCAUGAGCUGUGUAAACUUGCAUAAUGAUUUCCACUGUCAACACCCUUAGGAUACACAUUUACACUCGCGGGUUUCAGAUUAGUCUCAUGCUGUGGCAACAGCAACUUUCAAAAACUAAAUAGAAACCAUGUACAUUGUCCAUGUGAAUGAACAAUUUAGUUUGUUGGUGUUAAUGUAAAACCUUGGCUUGAAAUAAAGUGAUACUGAUUGAUGUAUUUUAGUUUGAACUUUUUCCUUUUAAACUGGUCAUCAAUGAGAAAUCCUAAACCUCUUAGGAAAGAAUUUAAUUAAAGUUUCAACUUUUAUGUCAUA